AUGAAAUUUUUUGGUAUUUCUCUUAAGCCCAAAUGGUCCAAGGGCCUUUUUGGGUGUGCAGGGGACAAAUGUACAUGUUGCAUUACAUGCUGUCUCCCAUGCGUCACCUUUGGCCAAAUCGCUGAGGUUAUAGAUGAAGGAGAAAGCUCAUGCUGCCGGCAAGGUUGCGUGUAUGGGGUGUUGAUGGGGUUCCAAUUGCAAUGGCUUCUCUCCUGCAUCUAUAGAGAGAAAUUACGAUCCAAAUAUGGAUUACCAGAUGAACCUUGUUGUGAUUGCUGUGUACACUUCUGCUGUGAUUCAUGUGCUCUUUGCCAGGAGCAUGCUGAGCUCAAACACAGAGGCUUGGACCCGUCCAAAGGUUGGACUGGCCCUCCCAAAACUCUGUCCAUGUUUAGAUGA